AUGAACGAACAUAGACUUAAGUCCAGCACGUCACUGGCUAGCGACUCUACUACCAUUCCACCAUCACAGCACCAACUCUCUUCGUCACAGCAAGGCUAUCGGCCGUCCCCGCUAUCGAACACUGUCUCUGAUAAAUCGUCCUCAAACAUACCCUCAACACGAAAAGAGAAGUUACGGAGAGCCGGCAAAAAGACUUGGGCUGUUGCCAAGAGCCUCUUUAAACGAUAUUGGUUCUUGGUCGGCCUUGCGUUUGUCAUCAUGCUCGCCAUAUUAGUACCAGACGUGGCUCGACAGGGCGGAUACAUUCGUGCCGAAUGGACGAUCAAAUGGGGUGCCGUGAUUGUGAUUUUCUUGAUCUCGGGAUUGUCACUCCGCACACAAACGUUGGCCAGAACUGUUCUUCGCGUCCGAUUGCAUAUGCUCGUCCAAGUCAUUAACCUCAUCUUCAUACCCUUCUUCGUCUUUGGUCUCGUGAUUCUGUUUUUUAAGGUCCAUAUGAAUCUAAACUCGCUUCUGCUAAUCGGUAUCGUCAUUGCCGCAUGCACUCCUACGACUGUUUCCUCAAAUGUUGUCAUGACGAAAAACGCAGGCGGUAACGAAGCAACAGCUUUGAUGAAUGCCGCGCUUGGCAACGUACUCGGUAUCUUCGUUUCACCUGCUUUGCUCCAAGUCUUCCAAGAGCCUUUGAUCGAUGCGACCCCAGAGAACGAAACAUCCAGCACUGUGGAUGGCACAAUCGAUUUUGUAUCUGUUCUGAAGCAGCUUGGAAUCACUGUACUUGUGCCAUUGGUUGUCGGACAGCUCAUCCAAUGGGUAUUUCCAGAACCGAUUGCAAAGUUCAAAGUAAAGUGCCGCCUGUCAGAUGUCAGCAGUGUCUGCCUGCUGACGCUGGUGUGGUCAACAUUCUCAGAUGCGAUUCACGCAGGCUCCUUUGGAAACAUCAACGCGGUCGAUGUCGUUGCAGUGGCCAUCAUCAACGCCGGGUUUUACAUCCUGUUCUCGGGCACUUGUUGGUUCCUUGCGUAUCUACCUAUGCCCCACUGGGUGCCUGGACAGCGUGUAUUCGAACGCCUUCGGUAUUCCCGCGAAGACACUGUUGCUGUUAUGUACUGUGGUGCAACAAAAACUGUGGCCCUCGGCAUGCCGCUGAUCAACGUGUUGUAUCAGCAUGGUGACCCCGGCAAAAUCGGCGUCCUAUCUACACCGCUACUUCUUUACCACGUCGAGCAACUCAUUCUGGGUAACAUCGAAGUCGAUAUUAUGAAGAGAUGGAUCAAACGCGGCCAGCAACAGGACCAGGAAAAGGCGGAGACGACAACUCCUCCUGGCCGUGACGAAGAGGAUAUUAUGGUAGUUCAAGACGGCUCAGCCACCCGUAUUGGUGGCUCCAAUCUAACGAUGCCGAAGAUUACAACAAAUUUUAACGACUUUGACGGUUCAAAUACCCAAAUCGGCGGCUCCAGUCUAACUCUGCCAGGCACACCAAAGGAGAAAUACAGCCGGGACAUGGUCGACACACCAACUACACAGGUCGAGAUCACUGUUUCUCCACCGGAUACGCCCACAAAACCUAAUCAUUAUGAUGACUACGAUUCAAGAUUCGAUGGUCCUAAUAACAACCACGACCACCACUAA